AUGGCUCUCCAGAAUCACAGUUUCAAAGUACCACUACCUGUUAAGAAAAGACCAAUUAUAUCGCUUGGGACAGAAUCUUUGGAAGACAUAGGUUUACCUUCAUUCAGUAAAAAGGACUUUUCCGAUAUAACCAUUAUUGGAAGAGGUUCUUAUGGAAAAGUGUACAAAGCCAUAAAAAAGAAGAAAGAAUUUGUUAUCAAAGAGUUUUUUGAGAAGAUAGAAAUAGACCAAGACACUGUGUUCAAUUUAAAAGAAUAUUUAGUUACUUGCGACGAAAUCGCAGGUUUUGCUGGUUUUGAACAUACCCCACAACACCUGGCUAAAGAUAUACUAUCAGGGUUGAACUAUCUUCAUGGUAAAGGAGUUGCACAUAGAGACUUAAAACCAGAAAAUGUACUAGUAACAAAUAAUCACGUAGCCACCUCUGAUGCUAAAUAUUGGUGGUCGGAAAGACCAAUUGUAGCCAUAUUAAGUGAUUUUGGUGAGGCAAGGUCAUCGAUCAUCCAAACAAAGAUCCUAGCAGAGACUAGUACACAAAAUUUGUUUCGCGGCUCGCCUGCAUACAUGGCACCAGAAGCCCUUCUUGGGGAUUCUUCUUCAGGCACCAUUGAAGAUCUUUUAAAAAUGGAUAUUUGGUCUUUUGGAAUGGUGUUGUUUCAUCUAAUCUAUCCAGACACUGCCAAUCCAUAUGCAGAAGAAAUAAAAGAGAAUACAACAGUCAGACCGAUCGAGGCUUUAAAAAAGCUCGUAUCAAAGAAAGCACUUCCAAGGCCAUCGGAAAAGUACAGUUUUUUACAAAAUAAACAGUUGAAAAGUAUUUUCUAUAAAUGCGCAAAGUUUGACGCAUCUUGUAGACCUACUGCUGAAAUCUUGAAAAACUGUUUUGAUAUACCUUCAGUAGAACUUCCGCCUCACGUUGGACCCAAUACUGCCAUAGCUAAGGCAUCAAUUGACGAAUUAGGCAGUGAAAAUAUUGAGGAAAGUUUUCUAAAAAAAUCAACGACAAAAUUUAGAGAUUUUGUGAACAUUGUUGAGGAAGAUGAUGAUUUGAAUCUUGCAUCGGAAAGAAUAAAGGAUGAUUUGAAUCUUGCAUCGGAAAGUAUAGAGGAUGAUUUGAAUCUUGAAUCGGAAAGUAUAGAGGAUGAUUUGAAUCUUGAAUCGGAAAGUAUAGAGGAUGAUUUGAAUCUUGCAUCGGAAAGAAUAAAGGAUGAUUUGAAUCUUGAAUCGGAAAGUAUAGAGGAUGAUUUGAAUCUUGAAUCGGAAAGUAUAGAGGAUUAG